UAACCUCCUACGCCACUGCGUAGCCACCCUGCCUUUCCUGGAAAGAGAGAGGUCCCGUUAGGUGUGGCUGCAUCCUGCUUUUGAAGACACCCCCGAGUUUAGCACACGGGAGAACUAGAAGAAGGCAAGAGGCACUAAAAGGGAGGCUGAGUUUGCCUCCUGGCUUCAGCUGUGUGAGAAAUAAAAAGUGUGGCAUCAUUUAGAUUCAGAAGGUGUGAGUGAAGUGCGGGCGUCUGGAUGGACGACUUUCAGGCGAACGGCUGCCCGCAGCCUUUAUGGUAGUUGAAGCUGCUUCAUCUGGGUAUUUUAAUUUUUAUUACAAUGAACCUCCAUGUCCGUUUUCUUCAGGGUGCCUCGAGUCCUCCCCCCCACCCCUGGUCAUCAUUUGGUAGAGACCUGUAGGCUGCAGGGGGAGGGGGCAGGAACCUUCCAUUCUGCUUUUGGAAAACGCAGGCUGGAGUUGUGGGGCAGGUCGUGGGGGCUGCCGGCCUCUCAAUCAGCAGCACCAUUGGGGGUCUCAAGGAAAAUUAAGUUGUGUAGCCGUGGCGAAUACCAAAGUUCUAAAACCUACUGUGAGCAUCUCCCCUCCCCACAAUCCUUGCAGGGUGGGCUGGUGCCCUAGCCAUGGAGCACAGAAGCACACAGAAGUCAGCCAUUUCCAGCAGGCAGGCUUUAAUGACAAGCUGUUUUCAGCACCCUUCUCAACUCUCUCUCCCUCCUUUCCCCUGGCCUCCUCCCCUGCGUUCCUUUCAUCCCUUGCAAAAGGGUUCCUCCCCCCACCUUGGGGCUCCCUAUUCCAGCCUACUAUUGGUUGGGGGGGCUGUCUGUCAAGCCCUGAUGGCUUCAGAUUGGCCCAUCAGGGCUCUAGGCCCUCCUCCCUAACUGCAGCCUGUUGUGGGUUGUGCUGGCCCAGCCUCACUCUGUGGAAACGCUGAGGCCUGUUAAUUGCAGCAGGGUUGGGGCUGUGCGGCCCCUAUUCUUCUCAGUGGAAUAGCCUGCUGCUGCCCAGGUAAUCCAGGCAGUUCCCUGCAGCUUCUCCUGGCUUCCAGGAAGUUGGUAAGCCAAGGGAUGGGGUUGCCGGUUCUAGGGCAUCCUGGGGUCCUUGGGCAACCAACUGGGUAAGGAAGGGGGGCGGAAAGCCUGCAGAGCGAUGGCAGACAGACCUGUCCCACAAACGAAUGCCAGAACAAGGUGUUCAGUCAAGCAAAUGAAUGAACCAAGAUGCAGUGACUCUGACCGGUUCAGUCGAAAAAGUGGCCUACCUCACAAUAUUCCAUGUGAUCUUUGUGUUCUUCAUCUGGACCUACUGGAAGUCAGUAUUUACUCCCCCACAACAACCGGACAAAAAGUUCCAAAUGUCCUACGCUGACAAAGAGCGCUAUGAGAACGAAGACAGGCCCGAAGGCCAGCAGCAGAUCCUCGUGGAAAUGGCGCGGAAAUUGCCAGUCUACACGAGAACAGGGAAUGGAGCUAUCCGAUUCUGUGACAGAUGCCAGCUGAUCAAACCAGACCGCUGCCACCACUGUUCUGUCUGUGCCAUGUGUGUGUUAAAAAUGGACCAUCAUUGCCCCUGGGUGAAUAACUGCAUUGGAUUCUCCAACUACAAAUUCUUUCUACUGUUUUUAGCGUAUUCUUUGUUGUACUGCAUGUACAUCGCUGCCACUGUCUUCAAGUAUUUCAUCAAGUUUUGGACGGCAGAGCUGACCAACAGCCGCUCCAAGUUCCACAUCCUCUUCCUGCUUUUUGUGGCCAUCAUGUUUUUUGUAAGCCUCCUGUUCCUCUUUGGCUACCACUGCUGGCUCGUAAGCCAGAACAGAUCUACACUGGAAGCUUUCUCGGCUCCCGUGUUUCAGAACGGCCCGGAUAAAAAUGGAUUCAACCUUGGCCUUGUAAAGAACCUACAGCAAGUGUUUGGAGAGGAAAGAAGGCUCUGGCUCCUACCUGUUGUCUCCAGUCAGGGGGACGGCCAUUUUUUCCCGAUGAGAACCUGGAGCGAAGCUCGGAAUCCGCUGCUGGCAAACGAGGAGCAGUGGGAAGAGGAGGGGCCGGAGGAGGACACCCACGGUUGUCACCUGGGUUCCUCUCUUAUAGUAGAAAUGGAGACGUAGCACUGCUGGGAAAAACGAUGAAGAACCUCACGCACUCAGCUUCCUUCUCUCUCAUUAUCUUCUUCCUGUGAUGGACACCUUCAGGUGGAAAGACAGAGGAAGGAAGGCAAUGGAUUUUCAGGACAGACAGAGGAAGGAAGCCAUUGGAUUUUCAGGACAAGAAUGCACCGUUGCCAGCUGUUCCUCCCAGCUGCCCAGCGUGCCUCCUUUGGUCCCAGGUCCAAGAGUUCCUGUGGGUUUCUGACUUUCACAGGGCAGCUUGGGAGUAAUGAAGGCCACGUGUGACCUCUUCCUCCUCUCCGUCUUACCACAAACAAGUGAAGGCUCUUUGUGCAAACGCAUUCUCAAAGACCGCAAUGGAAACCAUUUCCCCUCGCUGAAGCAGGACUUCUCUGCGACAAGCAGCACUGUUGCAAAUGGAUGCUCAACUGGAGAUCUUCUUGGUAGGGAUCACCUUUGCCAAAUUGGGUCUGAUAGUUAGAAAAGCCCAGGUGAGUGUGCCUUUUGCAUGCUGCAGUGGCCCCUCCUAUGCUUCCCUGUACAUACACCACAUAGUAUUUCCUAACUUAGAGGAAUUCCAGCAUGUUCCAUCUUGAAGGUUGUUGGGACUCCAGAGCAAAGUCUUCAGUUUUGAAACCUGCUGAUCCCUGCCCCCCCCCCCCCCCCCCCAAAAAAAAAACUUUGAGCAAAAUUCUGAACUGGGAUCUCUGCCUUUGACUUGCCCAGUAGCGCUGCAGAUCCCUCCAAGGUGGCCAUUCUCUGUCUGGGCUGUGCCUUCACCAGACUGCAGCAGGAGAUUCACACAAUGAAAUGCUCCCCCUCCCCACUCAACAGUAGUGAUGGAAAGUACCAUCAAAGUUGCAGCUGACUUACCGCAACCCCUCAAGGGGUUCUCAAAGCAAGAGACCUUCGGAGGCGGCUGGUCACUGCAUUCCUCUUGCAGCAUCCCUGGACUUACUUGGUGGUCCAUCCAACCUUCUUAGCUUCUGAGAUCUGAGGAGAUCAGGCGAGCCUGAACUGUGCAGGUCACGGACCCUCCAUUCAUAUUCCUGCAAAUAAAAAAAACUGGUACACUAAGGAAAAGGCCAGAGCCUCUCUCUGGAGAUCUAGUUCUUCGUUUGAAAGUUUUUUGAUGUGUAUGAAGAACAUCCACUUCCAUGAUCCCUUGUGCAGGUUCACUGUGAGUUGUGCUGGUAUACACGGACCUCUUGAGUACUCUCAUCAUGAGCAGCGUUACUGCGAAUUUGUGCACGUCUCCAUCUAAAACUUUAGCAGCCCUUGGAUGAGCCUUGGCUGGAACCGUCGAGGCCUUUUUUGUUUGCCUGGACCACACCGCGCUGAAAUCUUACGGACCCUUUUGAUGCUGGAAGGCCUGCCAAACGAGACUCCAUCCCAUGAGACGGCACCAUUGUGACUGUCACAAAGAUGUGAGGACAGAAAGAGUACACUGCAAGGACAUUGCAGUUGGGUGCCGUCUUACUAGCGUCUUAUAAACCUUGCACUGCUCUCAACAACAGAUUUGUCAAAACUCUGCUCUUUGAUUGCAAGGGUUUGUUUAGUGUUAUAAUAUGUCUGCACCCAGAAGUCAGUGCUCUGGAGCUGGAAACGUACAGUCAGGCGGGAGUGACUUUCUCGUGCCGUUUCUUCCAGUGUGCCACUCCCACUCCCGAUCUCCAAACCUGAUGCCUCUGGAAGGGUCCAGCCUCAACUAAAGCUGCCUGAUGUAAUUUUUUUUCCCGUGUGGCAGAGACUGAAAGUGGGGAUCUGCAAACUGUCGAAAAUUAACUAUGCCAAAAUCCUGCUGCAAACACUGUGCUUAAUUCUGUCACGCUUGCCAGGUGUGAGUUGCACAAAACAGUUCACCUGGUAGGUGUAGCCAGGUAGGCCUAGGUACUGCAUGCAUGUGCAAGGGUUGAUUCCAGCAGGACUUGCGUUUGCUUAACUAUCUCUGGCAGUGAUGUCACGGCACAUGUCUCUUGUCAACGUGAGGACCUCUUUCAAGACCUUGCUGCCAAUUGCCCCGUGUGUGAUGCGACACACCCAUAAUAAGGGCUGCUCGUCCUCCAAGCGCAAGCGCAAACUGUGAUGUCAGGAAGAGUAAAUCCGUCACCAUGUGUAUUUUUGCCUCGUUUUACUUGACUGAAGAAUGAUGGUGUGCUUUAAUUUCCAUUGAAUGUGCCAGCUCUUCCUUCGCUGCCGUUGAUUCCAAUCUUGUCAAACAUUAAAAGGCAGUGAAGUGAAAGUCACUCCUGGACAGUAGUUUCAAAUCAGUAUUUUUCUAACAUUAAAAAGUUGGAUUUGGAGUCA